CGAUCAGGGCGCCUCAGUUGGGAUAAAAAGCCCACGUACGUUGGUGCGUGGGGCCUUUUCCUUUAACGUUAUCUUUUCCCCUCUUUUUUUUUUGUUAGACUAAUAGAUUUAACUGGCUUGUUUAAGCCGCCAGAUCAAAACCAACAAGGGAAACUUCUGUCCUCGAAUUUCCCAAAGGCAUUACUCGGCUCCAGAAUCUGAAUCAUCUACUUGUAGGCCGUUAUGCAUAUUACACAAGGACACAAAGUGUGAAGCAUUUUUGGUGGAAUGAUGGAGCGAAGGUACCACUUGGAUUAGGGAAUAUGGGUGCCCUCCAGAGAAUCUCUCAUGUAGACAUCUCUACAGAAAAAAGCUCGAAUGCAAUGGGUGAGCUGGGAAAAUUGCGUUAGUUAACCAGACUUUGUGUAGUCAACAGGAAGGAAGCAAAGCUUUGGAAACCCUUUGCUAAGUCUUUGGAUGAGUUUAGCAACUCUCUUCGCUAUCUAAUGGUUGUGGACGAUUCAGAGCAAGUCGAGGAGCUGAAAUUUUUAGCAUACCUGAAGAAUCCCCCUCUGUCUCUGCAGAGCCUGCAUUUGGUGGGACGGCUAACUAGGCUGCCUGGCUGGGUUUCUUCGCUCAGUAACUUGGCCAGUCUGUCGCUUCGACAGACUUACCAAUUGGCCAAGGAUUCUUUUGAGGUUCUAGCGAAGCUCCCCAGUCUUGUUUCUCUCAAGUUAUACGAUAAGGGAUAUACGGGGAGGGCCUUAUUUGAAGAGGGCUGGUUUCCCCAGCUGAAGCAAUUGGCCGUGGAUAAUCUGGAACAGCUCGAGGAGCUCAGCUUCCGUGGGGGUGCACCUAAUCUUGAGAGGCUGACAUUGUAUUUCCCGAGGGUGCCUCGUGGAGGCGUUAAUGGAAUUGGAAAAGAAAAGCUGCCAAAGCUAAGAGAAGUUGAGUUCUUCAGCGUCGUUAUAGAGUCUAUAUUUGACCAGGUGUGUGAGGUGGCCAAAGAAUAUCCAAAUCAUCUGAAAGUCACGAGGGAGGAUCGACCUACUACUACGGAAGCUGCACGAGCACCUGCCCGGCAAGUGGACAACACCGGCCCAGGGGCAGGGAGCAGUGAGCAGGAGUCAACCGAUCAGGUGGAUAUGCCUGCACUACGAUGCAAAGAUGAUGAGGCAACGCCAGCUUGGCGCGUGCAGCCUUCAACGUGUCCUCACACUUAUACAUUGUAAUGUGUAUAACUGCAUGAUUUGUACUUCCUGAACUUAGCUUGAACGAUCGAUUGUUGCGCCAGGUUUUUUGUCCCAUAGGUUGUGUUAUUACAAGCCGUACAACUAGUGGGUUUUCCUGGCGUGCAUCGAACUUGAAUGCCUAUUUUUUUUUUCUUUAUACAUACAUUGUUUUUGUUGUCUUGGUAAUGAAAAUUGGGCAUUGCCUAGUUAAACAAAAAAGUCUCCUCCAGUCCACUUA